AUGAAAAAUGAUAGGCUUUUAUGGAAGGAUGGGAAUGAUCUUAAUGGGUUUUCGACGUCUGGGGCUUGGCAUUCGUUGCGCUAUAGGGAACCGGAUGUUGAUUGGUGCAAAAUUGUGUGGUUCGCUCAGUGUAUUCCGAGGCACGCAUUCAUGAUGUGGCUGAUUAUGAAACGUAAGCUCCUUACACAGGAUAAAAUUCUGCAAUGGGAUUUGUCUAGAAGGAAAAACAUGAAUAUGAUGUGUUGCUUAUUGUGUUUUGAGAACUUUGAUUCCCACCCACACUUGUUCUUUGAAUGCAAAUAUUCUUCACAGGUGUGGACGCUAAUCCGGGAUAGGGGGGGUAUGAACUCGGUCAGCCCGAAAUGGUCAGAAGUUGUUCACUGGCUUAGUGCUCGUAGUCAUCAGAAGCGGGCGGAUAUUUAUGUGGCUAAGCUCCUCGUUGCGGCUACUGCUUAUAACAUUUGGCAAGAGAGGAAUGCUCGGUUGUUUAAAAAUCAACUCAGACCUCCUGAGACGGUUAGUGAUGUUAUUAUCAAAACAGUGCGAUACAAGUUGAUGGGAGCUAAGUUGAAGGAUACCGUGAGGGUGCGAAAGAUUCUUGAAGAAUGGGAGAUCUAUGCGGAUGACAAAGGCGACGAUGGAGGCUGA